GCUGCCCGGCUCGGGGCGGUUCGCAGCUCCCGCUCCUGCCUGGGGACCUGAAGCCGCUCCGGCUCCGGGGGAUAGGACCCCGCGACUGACUGGCCCAAGCCCGGGGCGCGCCGCGGAAGCAGGCCCUGAUGGCGCCAUCUGCAAUGGGCCUCCUUGUUGUCUUCCUUCUGCAAGCUGCUCUCGCUCUGAACCCUGAAGACCCCAAUGUGUGUAGCCACUGGGAGAGCUAUGCCGUGACUGUGCAGGAGUCUUAUGCACACCCCUUUGAUCAGAUCUACUACACACGAUGUGCAGACAUCCUCAACUGGUUCAAGUGUACUCGGCACCGGAUCAGCUAUAAGACUGCGUAUAGGCGCGGCCUCCGGACCAUGUACCGGCGGAGGUCCCAAUGCUGCCCUGGCUACUAUGAGAAUGGAGACUUCUGCAUUCCUCUGUGCACCGAGGAGUGUAUGCACGGCCGCUGCGUCUCCCCGGAUACCUGCCACUGUGAGCCUGGAUGGGGAGGCCCUGAUUGCUCGAGCGGCUGUGACAGCGAGCACUGGGGUCCCCACUGCAGCAACCGGUGUCAGUGUCAGAACGGCGCCCUGUGCAACCCCAUCACCGGCGCCUGCGUGUGCGCCCCCGGCUUCCGAGGCUGGCGCUGUGAGGAACUCUGCGCGCCUGGUACUCACGGCAAGGGCUGCCAGCUGCUCUGUCAGUGCCACCACGGCGCCAGCUGCGACCCGCGCACUGGCGAGUGUCUCUGCGCACCUGGCUACACAGGCGUUUACUGUGAGGAGCUGUGCCCCCCUGGGAGCCAUGGAGCUCACUGUGAGCUGCGCUGCCCCUGCCAGAAUGGAGGGACCUGCCACCACAUCACUGGCGAAUGUGCCUGCCCUCCAGGCUGGACGGGAGCAGUGUGUGCCCAGCCCUGCCCACCGGGGACCUUUGGCCAGAACUGUAGCCAGGACUGUCCCUGCCACCAUGGAGGCCAGUGUGACCAUGUGACUGGACAAUGCCACUGUACAGCUGGAUACAUGGGGGACAGGUGCCAAGAGGAAUGUCCCUUUGGAACGUUCGGUUUCCUGUGCUCUCAACGCUGUGACUGCCACAAUGGAGGUCAAUGUUCACCAGCCACAGGGGCCUGUGAGUGUGAGCCUGGCUACAAGGGCCCUAGCUGCCAGGAGCGGCUAUGCCCCGAGGGCCUGCAUGGCCCAGGCUGCACCUUGCCCUGCCCCUGUGACACCGAGAACACUAUCAGCUGCCAUCCAGUUACUGGAGCUUGUACCUGCCAACCAGGCUGGUCUGGCCACUACUGCAACGAGUCCUGCCCCGCCGGCUACUAUGGCAACGGUUGCCAGCUACCCUGCACCUGCCAGAACGGUGCCGACUGCCAUAGCAUCACCGGGAGCUGCAUCUGUGCUCCAGGCUUCAUGGGAGAGGUGUGUGCCGUCCCCUGUGCCGCAGGGACCUAUGGUCCCAACUGUUCAUCUGUAUGUAGCUGUAGCAAUGGGGGCACCUGCUCCCCGGUGGAUGGCUCCUGCACCUGCCGAGAGGGGUGGCAGGGCCUGGACUGCUCCCUGCCUUGUCCCAGUGGAACCUGGGGCCUGAACUGCAAUGAGACUUGCGUCUGUGCCAAUGGAGCUGCCUGCAGCCCCUUUGAUGGCUCCUGCGCCUGUACCCCAGGCUGGCUGGGGGACUCCUGCGAACUGCCCUGCCCGGACGGCACGUUUGGGCUGAACUGCAGUGAGCAUUGUGACUGCAGCCAUGCUGAUGGCUGUGACCCUGUCACAGGCCACUGCUGCUGCCUGGCAGGAUGGACAGGCAUCCGCUGUGAUAGCACGUGUCCUCCAGGUCGCUGGGGCCCCAACUGUUCAGUGUCCUGCAGCUGUGAGAACGGAGGCUCCUGUUCCCCAGAGGAUGGGAGCUGCGAGUGUGCCCCUGGCUUUCGAGGACCCUUAUGUCAGAGAAUCUGCCCACCAGGAUUCUACGGCUAUGGCUGCGCCCAGCCUUGUCCCCUCUGCGUGCACAGCAGGGGGCCCUGCCACCACAUCAGUGGUGUCUGUGAGUGUCUGCCAGGAUUCUCUGGAGCCUUGUGCAACCAAGUGUGUGCUGGAGGGCACUUCGGGCAGGACUGUGCCCAGCUCUGUUCCUGUGCCAACAAUGGGACCUGCAGCCCCAUCGAUGGCUCCUGUCAGUGCUUCCCUGGGUGGAUUGGCAAGGACUGCUCACAGGCCUGCCCAUCUGGGUUCUGGGGCUCUGCCUGCUUCCACACAUGCAGCUGCCACAACGGGGCGAGCUGCAGCGCUGAGGAUGGGGCCUGCCACUGCACCCCUGGCUGGACUGGACUCUUCUGCACGCAGCGUUGCCCUUCAGCAUUUUUUGGGAAGGACUGUGGGCACAUAUGCCAGUGUCAGAAUGGAGCCAGCUGUGACCACAUCACUGGGAAAUGCACCUGUCGAACAGGCUUCUCCGGGCGCCACUGUGAACAGAGAUGUGCCCCUGGAACCUUUGGAUAUGGGUGUCAGCAGCUAUGUGAGUGCAUGAACAAUGCCACUUGUGACCACGUCACUGGUACCUGUUACUGUAGCCCGGGAUUCAAAGGAAUCAGGUGUGACCAAGCUGCCCUCAUGAUGGACGAGCUGAAUCCCUACACCAAGAUCAGUCCAGCUCUGGGAGCAGAGCGGCACUCAGUGGGUGCGGUCACAGGCAUCAUUCUCCUGUUGUUCCUGGUGGUGGUGCUGCUGGGCCUGUUUGCCUGGCGACGGAGGCGGCAGAAAGAGAAAGGCCGUGACCUGGCUCCCCGCGUCUCCUACACCCCAGCCAUGAGGAUGACCAGCACAGACUACUCUCUCUCAGAUUUGUCUCAAAGUAGCAGCCAUGCCCAGUGCUUUUCCAAUGCCAGCUACCACACAUUGGCGUGUGGGGGGCCUGCCACCAGCCAGGCCAGCACUCUGGACAGGAACAGCCCCACCAAGCUCAGUAACAAGUCCCUUGACAGAGAUACAGCAGGCUGGACCCCCUACAGCUAUGUGAACGUGUUAGACUCCCAUUUCCAGAUCAGUGCCCUGGAGGCCAGGUACCCGCCCGAGGACUUCUACAUUGAACUUAGACACCUCAGCCGCCAUGCUGAGCCACACUCACCAGGCACUUGCGGAAUGGACAGACUUCAGAACACAUACAUUAUGGACAAAGGCUUCAAAGAUUACAUGAAAGAAUCUGUGUGCAGUUCUAGCACUUGCUCCUUGAACAGCAGUGAAAACCCUUACGCCACAAUUAAGGACCCACCCAUCCUCACCUGCAAGCUUCCAGAAAGCAGUUAUGUCGAAAUGAAGUCACCUGUGCACAUGGGGUCUCCGUACACAGAUGUGCCAUCCUUGUCGACAUCUAAUAAAAAUAUAUAUGAAGUUGAGCCCACAGUCAGUGUGGUCCAAGAAGGUCGAGGUCAUAACUCCAGCUAUAUCCAGAAUCCAUACGACCUACCUAAGAACAGCCAUAUUCCUGGUCACUAUGACCUCCUCCCAGUAAGACAGAGCCCUGCCCAUGGGCCCGCCCAGGACAAGCAGUAAGAGGGAUAAGCUUCUCUCUUAGUGUGCUCUGCUGACUAUUUUCUGACUCUGAAAGAAGACAAUCCAUGACUUGAAAUAUCAGUACAGAAUGCCUUGAGCUGUGUGUUAUUAGUUCCUUCACCUGGAUUGAAAGGAACACUUCCAAACGGGACUGGGGUAACUGUUCAAGAAAGUCUGUUCACAAAGGCAAAUCCUAUCAACCUUCAGCUCUAAAUGUCCUGGAUAUGAUUUUCAGAACAUUAAAGAUACCACUAUUCAUCAGCAUCAGCUAAAAGCUAUGUAUUUAAUAUUCUGAAACAUCGCUUAAGAAGCAUGUAGCUUAGGUUCCGCAAACCUUGCAAGGAGGAAAAGGAAACUGGGGAGGGGAAGGGGCACUUUAAAGUGCUUGAAAUGUAUAUGUGCUGUUGAUUGUUAUCCUCAACAUCAGUUUCAGUAUCUAAGGGAAUUGGUAUGUGGGCAUGAACUGUUCUAAUAUUAAUAUCAGUCUCUGUUCAUUUGGUAUGCCCCAGAAAAUUAUAACAGCCACAAUCGGAGUUUAAAAUACAGCCUAAUUCUUUAAUCAAAACAGAUUCACUUUCUUCUGCCCUAUCAGUGAUAGUAGGCAAAACAGAAAGGGGGAAAAAGUAACUGUUUCAAAAGAGCAGCAGUUUCAUUCACUCUAGAAUGAUUUCUAUGCCAGCCUUACCAAAUUUUGCCAAGUCAAAGUUCAAGAAUAACAAAUGCCAAUCCUGGCCUGGCUGCAUUGCAUUGGUUCACCCAAUACUUGAGUCAUUCUGUGUGCACCAGAGAACU